UUCUUAGGUGUUGUCAUCGUGUUCCUUAGUUUGGUGUGUGUUACCACUGGGCGUGCGGGCGGAGACUAAGACGUUCACAAUGCGGCCUUAACAGCAGCUUUUUUCUCUCUUUUCUAUAGCUUGUUAGGGUUGUGUAACCGCAUUCCUCCAAUAGACUACAGAAGAAACACAGUUAAACAUCCCCGGGAACAGAACAAUCCUAUAUUUCAAACGAAAGCUAGCUUAAAAGCUACUAGCCACCGUUAGCUAUGGAGGAGAAGAAGGAGGAGGGAGAAGCGGAGAUCCAGGAGCACGGCCCCGAGCACUGGUUCUCUAAAUGGGAGCGGCAGUGUCUAGCAGAGGCCGAGAGGGCCGAUCCAACCGAGGAGGAGACGGAACAGAGCCAGCAGAAACUGUGGCACCUCUUCCAGAACUCGGCCACGGCGGUAGCGCAGCUCUACAAAGAUAGAGUAUGUCAGCAGCAAGGCCUCUCCCUCUGGGUGCCCUUCCAGAAUGCAGCCACAGCUGUCACUAACCUUUACAAAGAGAGUAUGGAGGCCCGCCAACGGAGCUACGACCUGGGCAUCCACUUAGGACACCAGCGCAGGAACAAGGAUGUGAUUGCAUGGGUUAAGAAACGCAGAAGGACCAUCAGGCGCGAGGACCUCAUCAGCUUCCUGUGUGGCAAAGUUCCACCUCCACGGACAACUCGCGCCCCGCCAAGAGUUUCCAUGGUGUCUGCAAGCCGACCAUCACCCCCAGAGACGGGCAGCUCUGUGGAGACGGAUCUGCAGCCGUUCAGAGAGGCCAUAGCACUGCAUGGUCUUAGCGGUGCCAUGGCUAGCAUUUCUGUGCGUUCUGGUCCUCCUGGAUCACCAACGCACCCCGCCCAGUCCCUCAGUCGUCGUAGGAAUGGUCUUCACGACGUGGACCUCAACACCUUCAUCGCCGAGGAGAUGGCGCUUCAUUUGGAUUCCACAGCCAAUCGUAAACGAGGCCCUGCCCCCUGUAGUGACGUCAUCACAGACUCACCUACCCAUAAACGUAACAGGAUGCUCUGAACUUUUCCUACAACCACUAAUCCCUCCUCUGUCCUCUCCUUGGUGGCCGACUGGACAGCUGAUGAGGACUGAUGCCUUGGCCAACCAUUUGAAAUCUUCCUCCUUUACAUCUUAGUUGCAAUGCUACAAAUAAAGAAACUUAACUAUUACCAAUCCACACAUUUAUUCCCUUCUUAUUCUUUCUUUACCGCUUCUGUUGUCUCACACAUCCUCUCCUUAGUAAUGUUCUCUUCUUUUUUGUUUUUCGAGAAAAUCUUCUUUCCUGUUCGGUUGCCCCCAGUAGAUCUGAGCUAGAAGUGAGCACACAUCAUAUUAUAAUCCAUAAAUUUAUUUGGCCGGGCUCCUUUGUUCUUCACGUCCAGUAUGAACCAGGCUGGUGCCUACUGUUUGCAGUCCUCCUCGUUCCUCAAGCAUACUUCCUCCUCCGUCUCCUCUGUGGGUUGCUGGCCAAACCGGACUGGACUGAAACCCGGGCUCCUCUGCAGGCUGAACCACCUCCUCGCUGUGCGGCUGGACUCGAACUGCUUGUCAGCGUGUGUAUCUCAUUCUGCUGCUGCUCUGUGUGUUUGCGUAUCUGACAGCAGAACUGCCACUUACUGUGUUGUACUUGUCUUUGCCUUUGAGAAAGCUGCUACAGUAUCUCUGGUUGUCGUGCAACAGUGAGUGUGGGUGUGUGUGUGUGCGUGUGCUUGUUUGUUUGUGUGUGUGCUUGUUGAUGCGGAUGCGGGGUUCUGGCAAAUCCAGCAACCACUUGGUCGAAAUCUUUUCUGUUUUACUUAAAUUCAUCCUAUUUUUUUUUUUAUUUUUUUUUUUUUUUGUUGCUAUUUGCAGCCCAAACCAGGGUUUUAUCACAAAGCAGGUCAGCCCUAUUUACACAGAUAAUGUCGAUGAUCAUUACAGUCAUAGUUGGCUGACACUUUCAGUAGUUGGGGGGGGGGACAAGAGUUAAGCAAGAUGUAUUUUCAACAAAGCUUUGCUUAAGUACAAAUGUCCUGCAUUCUUAUUUGCAAGUUUCCAAUAACACUGUUUCUCAUUGGUAACGUCAUGUUUGCAAAUAAUCCAAAUAUACGCAGUUUCUUUUCCUGUCUGUAUCAAAAUACAUCCGACAGAGUACUGGUUCUUGCAUUUUGCAGUAAGUGUGUUUCAAAGCUUGUAUUUUACCUAUUUUAUGUUUACAUUUUGCCCUUUGGUAAGAACAAACUGGUGCGUUUUCAGCAUUUGCCCCUCGUAUUUAAGAGUUACAACGCUUUCACACCUGUGAUUUCAGCUUUAAACCUAUAAAAUUUCAGAGGGCACUUGCCUGUGAACUAGUUGGGGGGCUGACAGCUGUGGUAUUUUAUUUUGCUCAGCCAGCUCAUUGGAUGUGGUGGUUCAGCAAAGCUUGGGACACUUGUUUGGCUAAUUUCACACACUGCUUUGUGAUACAAUCUUGUGUAAUGUGUGUAAAUAACAUGUAGGUGCUGUUAUAUGUGGUACAUAUUGUAAAAAAGAAGUGCAAAUCCAUUGGGAUGUCCAUGUACAAUAACAAUUCUGACAUUAAAGAAAAUACAAGCGUUUGUGAAAGGUGUUUUUUGAGUUUCCUACCAGUUGGAUUGGGUGUUUUUACUCGUUUGACUCUUUGCACCAUCUGCUAGGCGUCGUCUUAUUUCAGUGCAGGAUAAUCUUUA